UUAGAAAAGGAGGAACGUGUCGAUGACAGGAUGUUGGAAGUGGAACGAAAAAUUUGGCAAAUAGUGGGGACAACCGUUAUCGAUAUCCGAGGGCAACGUUGUCACUCUAAACGACUCGAUGCCACCGAAGGAAGACGUUUUCGCGGGUCAAGUCGGUUUGCACGAGCCGCAGCGAGCAUCACGUGGACGACAUCGCAAGAUCUUGGCCUGGGGCCUAGCAAUCGUUGAUUAUGCGACUGUUGUUCUGGAGCUUGCUCUGUCUCGGCCUCGUUAGCUCGGGGGAGCUCGUGACCGCUGCUAGAGUUACUAGAUCUCUGGCGUUCAAGAAGGGCAGUUCCUUUUUCUACAGAGUGAAUUACAAGAUCACCAUACUACCAAACACGCCGAUCUUCGCCCAGGCUGCGGGCUUCAAGAUGGCGUUCGAGCUGCCGACGGGAUCUGUCAGGGUAGGCAGGUCCAUCGUCGACGUGCACGAGGCUGCGGAGCUCGUGUACGAAAGUCACGGAUUCGACGGGAAGUCCUGUCUACUGAAGAACGUCUGCGAGGCAAUGGAGUACGCGAGUCAGAGAGAUGGAGUCAUAGCGAAGAUACUAAAGAUACUCAUGGGAUCUUACGCGAAUAAUGACGACGUGUCCAAGGAUUUGCUUUACUGCGACGUUCACGUCACGAAUUGCCCUCUACAGUUAAUUGGAAUUGAUAGUUUUAUAAGCGAAUAAAACAGGGGAUUCUCGGCGAUGCGAAAUAACGAACGAGUCUUGUUUGAGUAAUGUAAAUCUACCAGUCGAUAAGGGAGGUCGUCCUUGUGGCAAUGUAGAAUAUUCUACAUCACCAGCAAGUAUUAGGUUGUCCCAAAAGUUUCUUUCGUGAGUUUUAUUCAAUUAUUUUCUGUGGCAGUGUUUAUAUAAAUAGACGAUCUAAUUUCUUAAACAUUGAUGCUGUAACAGUAAUGAAGCGAAAUGAAUCGUACACAAUUCAGUGAUGUAACAUGAAACAUAAAAUAUUGUGUAUAUAUUAAUUACUAAUAAAACGAAAGAAACUUUUGGGACAAUCUAAUACUAUAUAUCGAGACAUAGAAUAGACAUUCGUGUAACGAAUAAACU